CAUUUUUCAAAAUGAAUUUCAUUUUGUUAGCGGGUAUUUUAUAUGCUUUGUCUGGUGUUGAUGCACAGUGUGAUGAUAAAGAUUUGGAGAUAGUUUGCUACUGGGGCAGCUGGUCUAUCUACAGGAAAGAUAUAGGUCACUUUAAUACCAGUCAUAUCAACACUGAUAUUUGUACUACAGUUGUUUAUUCCUUUGUCGGCCUUGAUAUAAAUAUGGAUAUUACCUCACUAGAUACAAAUGCAGAUUUUGGUUCAAAUGGUGGUUUUGCUAACUUUAUAAAUUUGAAAGAAAAGAAUCCUUGUUUAAAGACCGUUUUGGCUAUUGGAGGAUGGAAUGAAGGAUCCAUAAAAUAUUCUGUUAUGGCUGCAACCGACGAAAGUCGCAAAAAGUUUGCCCAAUCUGUUUUACAGUUUUUGGUGUAUUACAAAUUUGAUGGAAUUGACAUUGAUUGGGAAUAUCCUACGAUCAGAGGUGGUCUAUCUCAAGAUGGAGACAACUUUGCUGCUCUUCUUAAGGAGAUUAAAAAUAAACUUUCUCCAUGGGGUUUGAAAUUGUCUAUAGCAGUUUCAAUUGAUGACACUCUUAUUGGUGUUGGAUACAAAAUACGAGACAUAGCAAAGGUAAUUGAUUCAGUGAAUUUGAUGGCGUAUGAUUAUAUUUCAUCCGAUUCUAAAGUAACUGGUUUAUCUGCACCUCUAUCAGACAUUAAAACUACAAUUUCCAAAUGGAUAGAUGGUGGCCUUCCAUCAAAAAAACUAAUUCUGGGCAUACCAGCUUAUGCCAAAAAUUUUGUUCUUGAUGACCCUAAUAACAAUGGCAUUGGGGCUCCUGUAGCCGGCAUUGGACGUCCAGGACUUUUCACACAAGAAGAUGGUCUGUUGUCUUACUAUGAGGUCUUGGACAUUUUAAAUGUAAUAAGUGAUAUUCAUGUUGAAUUUUCUGAUGGUACAAACUAUGCUUACUACGAUGAUGAAUGGCUUACUUAUGAUAACGAAGCAACUGUAAAAACAAAGAUUAGUAUUUACAAUAUUUGUGGGACAAGGGACUACAGCGGACGACUAGAGCAGAGCUCGCUUGUAUCCAGCUGCUUGUGAGCCUUGACAACACUGAGGCAAUGUCAACUACACCGACGGGAGUCAUGGAGAGCAUGAUGGACCUAAAGACCUUCCACAUUUUGCUGGAAAAAGAUUUCAGAAUGGUCUCGUAUAGACUCCUGAAGGUAAGUAGACAAUGCAAUGAAUAACUGCGAAGAGAGGGGGUAGGUGGCUCAGUGAUUAGAGAUUCAAUGGUCCUGGGUUCGAUUUCCACCGUUGGCCGGGGUUUGCUCAUUAUAAUAAUUUAAAAAUAUUUCUGAUGCCUAGAUAUGUGAUAUGAUGAGUGAAGUGAGGACACUCUGACCAUUUACUGUUGGUUUCUAAUUACCAGUGCUGUUUCUAACGUAGGGCUGAGAAACAGUAACAAAGCCUGUACUGAUAAUCAAACAUAAACUGAGACUAGCCAUAAAUCCAUCAAAAAAAUGUGAUGGGAAAAGACGGGGCUGAGGAGUAAGAUCAAUAACCAUCACAUACUUUUCAUGGUCCCAGAAUAUCUAGUACCCCGACAGCACAUACAAAAAUCAUACAGCGUCUUAAUUUUAGAAAGAGACGUAUUGAGCAUGAGGAUAAAAUCCUUUCGCAGGUG